GCCGAGCGGGAGCAGGGAGCAAGAGCAGCAGCCCGCCGAGCGUGCAGAGGAUGCAGCCGCGCUCCUUGCGGGCGGCGCCGUUGCUCGCGCCCCUGCUCGCCCCCCUGCUCGCCCUCUUGCUCGCCCCCUUGCUCGCCCCCCUGCUCGCCCUGGGGACCCCCCUGCUCCGGCCGCCGGCCUCCGGGAACGAUGCCGAGGUCGAAGCCGUCAAUUUGAAACUGAGUCCCGGGGAACCAGGAUUGUCCAGCUUCGAGAAUGUGGGCUCCUCUGAGAAGAGCAAUUCCCCUGACAAGCUGGAGUCCUCCGACACAGCCGCCCACCUCCCUGAGAACCGGGGGUCCCCCGUUACGGUCGCCCACACCCCUAAGAAUCCGCAGCCCUCCGACACAGCCGCCCACCCCGCCGAGAAGCUGACGUCCUCCGACGCGGUCGCCCGCCCCCCUAAGGAUCCGGAGUCCUCCGACACAGCCGCCCACCACCCCGAGAAGGUGACGUCCUCCGACGCGGCCGCCCACCCCCCUGAGAGGCUGGGGUCCUCCGACGCGGCCGCCCACCCCCCUGAGAAUCUGGGAUCCUCCGACACGGCCGCCCGCCACCCCGAGAAGCUGACGUCCUCCGACACGGCCGCCCGCCACCCUGAGAAGCUGACGUCCUCCGACACGGCCGCCCGCUCCCCUGAGAAUCCGGGGCCCUCCGACACGGCCGCCCCCUCCCCUGAGAAUCCGGGGUCCUCCGACACGGCCGCCCACCCUCCUGAGAAUCCGGGGUCCUCCGACACGGCCGCCCACCCUCCUGAGAAUCCGGGGUCCUCCGACACAGCCGCCCACCCUCCUGAGAAUCCGGGGUCCUCCGACACAGCCGCCCACCCUCCUGAGAAUCCGGGGUCCUCCGACAUAGCCGCCCACUCCCCUGAGAAGCUGGGGUCCUCCGAAACAGCCGCCCACCCUCCUGAGAAUCCGGAGUCCUCCGACACAGCCGCCCACCCUCCUGAGAAUCCGGAGUCCCCUGACACAGCCACCCACCCCUCCGAAAAGCUGACAUCCUCCGACUCAGUCGCCCUCCUCCCUGAGAAGCCGGUGUCCAUCACAUCUGCCUCUGCUGACAAACUAGGGUUCUCCACCAGAGCCACCCCUGCUGAGAAGUUGGGGUUCUCUGACGCCGCCACCUCCGCCGAGAAACCGGGCUCUCCCGACCCGGCCGCCCACCCCGCUGAGAAACCGGAGUCCUCCAUCACAGACCCGGAUGAUGACGCCGAAGGAGACGGGACCUCCAAGUCUGACCCCGGUGCCUCCGAGGCUCGCCCCGGUCCCGGCUUCUCCGGCCCCGAGUCCGAGGAGAAUCCGGGUCGGCGAAACGAGGAGCCGGAGGACCUGCUGGAGACCAGGCCGACGAAGACCGGUUCCGAGAGCAGCCACUUCUUCGCUUACCUGGUGACUGCAGCCAUUCUCGUUGCCGCUCUGUACAUCGCGUACCACAACAAGCGAAAGAUUAUUGCCUUCGCCUUGGAAGGGAAGCGAGCCAAAGUCACCCGGCGGCCCAAAGCCAGCGAUUACCAGCGCCUGGACCAGAAGAUCUGACUUCUUUCUCGCUGGACUGGAUAUGUGUCGUUCCUGACCUCGAAGUGAUGUGGCAGUCUGAAGCAGCAAAGCACUGUAAUCUGAGCAGCACCUGUUGUCGUCGUCCCCCCCCCCACCACAGCACCACCCCCUCCAGCCCUCCUGCCCCGGGGGCACCUCCAGAAGCCGGAGGCCAGCCGGGGAAACGCUUUCACUCUCGCACCUCGAGACCUCCUGUGUUUUCCCCCUCCCCGUUUCUAGGUCCCUUUUCCCCAGGUCCUCCCUUCCCCUCAAAGUGAGCGGAGGGAGACAGUGGCAGCUUUGGCCGCUCCCGCUGGGCCCAGAGGAGGAUGCCCACCUGGCUCCGGCCCCCUCCCCAGAGCGGAGGGCAACGAGGUGACCCUCCGGCAGCGGGGCGGUGUCACCCGGGCCCUUUCCUCGGGCUGAGGGCCCCCGCAGAUUGGGGCGCUUUGCCGGCGGAGGACUCUCAUUCUCGGGCAGUCGAGGACCGUCACCCACAGGAGACUCAGGAGACCGUCGUGGCGGAAAUCCGAGGAGGGCCAAGUGGGAGCGUCCGCGGUCCUUCCCUUCUGCCGGGAUUCCUUCACUUGCUUACUGGUGAUUGGAUUUCUUGAAGUCAUUUGGAAGCCAUUUCUGUGAUUCUUUGGUGUGUGUGUUUUAAAAGUUGAUUGCACUGAACGAGAAAUACUUUGGCUCAGGGCUGAUAGGAGGGUGUGAAGGGUAGAGCUUAUUUGAAUCAGAGAGAGAAAUUAUUUUUUUUUAAAUGAAGUCGGAGGCGUAGUCGAAUCGGGUCUGCACAGUUAAAGGGCAAAGAGGCAGUCACUUUGUUGACCUCCUGGAUGAAUCAGGCUAAAAAGUCCUCUUUGAAGCUUAAGCCGUCUGGUUGGGUUGGCAGCAGAUCGAUGGGAUAAUCGCUCAAUCUUCCCCACCCCGGAGGUGGUGAAUCUUUUCCAGCUGUAGACCUCAGGCUCCCAUUUUUCCCAAAAGACGCUCUUCCAGUACAGCGUCUUUGCCCCCUCUACCAAAGGAGACUUGCACAGCCAGCUCCCCGUGUUCUCAAAUGGCCCCCGUGAAAUCAGUAACAGCAAAAGCCUCCCUCCCCGCCCUAAGCCCUAGACGGGUGUUAAAACUCCUUGAAGGUGGAAGGUGAGGUCUGAAGGGAAGUGAGGCGCUGUCUUGAACGGAGGCUCCACUUGACCGAGCCCCGAGGGAUAUGACUUCCGCUGGUUGUCUGGGAGGUAGGACUCUGAAGGGAAUAUUAUCAGCCGGGCAUUUUCUUUAAGAAAGACCCACACUGAAAAGUUAGCCUCGGGGAGAUGCAGAGACCUUGCCCGGCUGGUCAGGUUCCGUUGAAUGAACUCUCUGCCUCUGCAGGGAAGGGGCAUCGAAACCUGAACGGUCUCUAAGUUCCUACCGAUGAUACGGGGUGCAGAGCUCCAUUUGGGGGCUACACCUGGCAGCUCGGAUGGCGGAAGCAGAAAGAAAGGCAGGUUUGGUCAAGAGACUUUUUACCCGAGCCCCGAAGGCCGAGUGGCAGGUAGAGUGUACCCUUUAUUAGUGUAGAGGACUUUCAGGUCACUUUUGGGGAAGAUCCUUUAAGUUCACAGACAGCCCAUUAAGUCCUUAGGAAGCGGAAACUCCUGGACCCUGGAGGAGGAGAGUGAGCGAUUCUCCAGGCCCGAAUGGGGGGGGCCCGACACCUUUGAGACAAGCAUCCCGAUUUCGUGGUCUCCUCUCGGAGUAGGUGAGAGUGAUUCGUGGGACACUCCGAUAGUGUCCCUGCCCCCUGGAGAAAAGCCAGGAAAAUCAGGCACAGCUUCACUUUCUUGUCUGAUAACUUUUCCUUUCGGAGUUUUUAGGAAAGGAAAUAUUGGACGUAGGGUUCUCCGCUAACUCCCUUUGACAGAGGUCAUACUCCUUAAUCACCACUUUUUCCCCUCAUUUCAGUAAAGUUAACCCAUUUAAAAAAUCCCAAACCUGCCCCUGGCUACGUGUCAGAGGCGCUCGGCUGAAUCGGAACUUGCUUUUCUGAGGAGGAGGCAUCCCACCCUAGCAAGCGGCAGAUGUUAUGGGGACAGGCUCUCUCUAUAGCUCAGCGGGCAAGCAGACGGGGCUGCUGGUUGGCGCUCGGUGCCAGUCGGAUCAUCGAAGUGCUCGCCCCGGACUGGCAGAGAAGCGUAGGGCCGAGGCGGCCCCGAGCGAGGGCACCAGCCUUGCCUCACGGCUUUCAGCGGGGGCGUUUGCCAGAGAUCCCACGCUGUACUUCGGGCAGAGCUGUGACCCGCGAGAAGUAGAGGGAGAAGCCGCCUGGGUUUCCGAUCCUUCCGGCGUUCCCCGGGUCCGUUUCUGAAUCUCAUCGUCGGGCCUCUCCCGGGAAGGUAGGAAGGCCAAGCUGGGCAGGCGGUUGCCAGGGGAAUGGGACCUGCUGUAUAAAACGUUGCUUCUGUUUGGACGUAGUUGAGAUCGAUCUCUUUUCGGUCCAGCUUUUUCCACGCGUAGGAUGGGGGUUGACCAAGACGUCCCAUUCGUGAGGCUCAUCCAGACCUCCGGAUUGAGCCCACAAGCUGUGAUUUUUGUUUCCGUUGGCUUCGAACCCAGCUUGCUCAGAAUGAGCGGCGCACUCAGUCCCCCUACGAAUCUACCUUGUGAGAUGAAGUAAAUAAAUCAUCUGAUUAUCUUGUC